AUGUCAAACGAGAACCAUCCACCCCGAGUGCGGCGCGUUACCCCGAUCUACUCAACUUUAUCUUAUGCUGAGAUCGUCAAAAAGGGAUUGUUAGCAGACCACCAACCACAAAUUCCGAAGGAGAACGACAAAUCCGGAUCGCACGCCGAGCAUACCGUCACGAUGCCCACGGAAAACGGCAAGUCCCCGUUGUCCUACGCAGAUACCCUCAAGACGGGCCUGCCGGCACCCAAAACAUCCGACCAGAACAACCGCCCCAGGUCAGCGGGUGAAUGUUCGUCAACGGUGUCGUCGAAUGAAGACACACAAACCACCCACACCACCCAAGGGACCUCCUCAUCUCGGUCAACGGUAGCGCCUAACAGCGGCACCUCCACGGAUUCCUCAGACCAGCCCCUUGCCGCAUCCCGGAGCACUCAACCCGUCAUGUUCCUCCGCAGCGUGGCAGCCAACUGCGGCUGCCUGUAUAUCGCCGAGACGGGCAUCAGCGGGCAUCCCUCACGCGACGACCUCCUCGAGUCGGGCUUCCCUGUGAGAGGUCGCUGUCCGAAGUGCAACGUCCUUGUGACCGAGAUUCGGGGAGGCGGUGGUCACGGAGAUUAG